UUGAUUUUUUGAGGAAGAAAAGGAUAGAGGAGGGUCCCAAUUUUUAUUACAACUUAUAUUUUUUUUUUAUUAUUAUUAUAUCUGAUGCAUGUUUGAGUUUGCUGCAUUAUUUGAAGAAUGAAUUUAAUUAACUAACUUAAAUAUAAAGUAAAGGUUUACAUUGACUCCCAGUGAAACCAUUAAUGUUUUUAUUUUUCCACAAUGAAAUUUUGACAGAAACAUAAAUAUUUAUUUUUUUAAAUAUAAGAAGCUUGGCUUGUAUGCUUCUCACUUGGCCUUAAGGCCUGAAGGGUUGAACAAAUUAUGUGAAAUGGAUUAUAAUUCUGAAGAUUCUUAUGAUGAUAUUCCUUUGGAGCCUAUGAUUUUAAUAAAUGAUGGUGAAGGGGAAGUUGAAGAAAAUCCAGGGGAAAGUUAUGAAAGAAAUAAUUCAGAAUUAAUCCAAUCUGUUGGUCCUGAUAUCUCUAUCAUACCAGUUAGGAGAAAGAAGCCUUUAUUUAAAAUUAAACUUUUUGAAAGAAAAAAAAGGUUACCAAAAAAAAAUUCAUACACAAAUAAAGAGGAUGAUUUUCACAAUACUGUACAGAAAAAUGAAAUGGAAAACAUACAGAGUGACUCAAGGGAUCCUAGAAAUACUGUUCGAAUAAUUACCAAAGAAGAGACAGAUCAUACAUCUGAAACAUAUCAAAAACGCAAGUCUCUCCCAUUGGAAAAAUGUCCUAUAUGUAUGAAAUUUUUCAGAAGAAUGGCUACCCAUUUGUUAAAACAUGAGUAUGCAGAUCCUAGUUUCCAAAAUAAUGGUCUAGAUUGCCAUUAUUGUAGUAAAACUUUCAAUAGUCACAGUAAUCUAUUAAUUCAUCUGAGAACUCAUACAGGUCAAAGACCCUAUAUUUGUGAAGUAUGCAACAAAGCAUUUUCUCAAUCUUGUAAUUUAGUCAAUCAUAUGAGAAUUCAUAGUGGAGAGAAACCAUUCAAAUGUCCUCAUUGUGAUAAAGCUUUCACACAGUCUGGUAAUUUAAAUAAUCAUAUAAGGCUCCAUACAAAUGAAAAACCCUUCAAGUGUCAUUUUUGUGACAAAGCCUUUGUGCAAUCAGGGAAUUUAAAUUCUCACAUUAAGAACAAUCACAGAUAUUCUAAAAAAAUUUCUACAAAUACAGAACCUAGUUUAUCUGAAGUGAUUCUUAAUCACACUAUUUGAGAUGGAUAAUCAUCUACAAGAGUGUUUUUAUUAUUAUUUUUUUUUUUAAAGCAAAAGUUGGAUUUCAGUAAAAUAAAAUCUUUUUAAACUAUUUCCUUUUAAAAUAAUAUGGUUACAAAGGUUUUAUUGAUAAAAAUCCAAAACUAUGUUUCAUCUCAAAAACUCCUACUUUAAAUGGAAGUUUAUUGAUUUGUACACAGAGCCAUGUUGAUAUUGAUCUCAAGACUAGUUUUGUAUUCAUCAUCAAGCACCAUUCUAAAUUAGCCAAAAAUAAUUAUUUAGUGUAACUAAAAUGAUUACCUAUAAGAAAUAUCGUGCCAUUCAAAUAAAUAUCUUGUAGUUGGUA